AUGUUACGGCUGACUUGGGGCACUGACUCUGUGCUGCUUUGGCUUUUAGCUGUGGAACCCAUUAAGCUGGAACUGCUCCUGGAGAUACUGUACAAAAGAGCAACCGCCCGACAGAGACAUGUGCAGAAGAAGUGGAAUGUGACUGCAGUUGUGUGCUCUUCAUUAAGAGUGUGUGUGUGUGCCUGUGUGUGUGUGAGAGAGAUGCUCAGAGAAUACACAGUCCCAUUGCUGUUAAAGAAUCAGUCUCUGCUAGCCAUCAAUCACCGUCUUGACCAUAUUUCUCUGACACUCAGGAUAUGGUGUUUCAAAGGGAGCUUCCUCAUUAGCAUCUUCAAUGAAGCACUUUGUAGAAAGUGA